AUGGGCAGCUACGGCUCCAGCGCACAAGUAGUCGACGUCGAGCAGGAGCGGCACAUCAUGAGCAUCGCCGACCGCUUGUACGCGUACGACCUGACGUGGUCGACCCGACUGUACCACCGCUUCGGCCGGGACCGCAUACCGCGUCUCUGCUGGGAGAUUUUCUCCCACUCGGGCGAUGGCUUUCUGUGGAUCCUCACGAUUCCACCUGUACUUGGACUCCUCUGGGUCUCUGGACUUAUCGGACCUUUUGAGCCUGCAACAAAACUACUGCUAUCCGUGCUUGCAACGGUCAUGGUCGUGGACAUCCUUGCUAUCAUGCUUCUCAAGCAGGUGUUCCACCGUCAACGACCUCCGUUUCACCAAGUGGAUGUACGAUUUGUGGGUCCCGAUCAACACUCGUUCCCCUCAGGACACUCGACGCGGGUGUGGGCUAUGGUGGCGAUGCUUGUCUACUUGUCCGAGACGCAUCCCUCGGUUGUACGCAAUUUUGGCUUUGGCCUAUCUCCGGUAGCACUGGUGGCGGUCUCGUUUGUCUGGGCGCUGAUCAUCAAUUUCUCGCGCGUAGCUCUGGGCCGCCACUACCCAACCGACGUGCUCGCCGGCUCGCUUAUCGGCUACUUUGUAUUCUGGCCGAUUUCGCUCGUCCUUGCCACGCACUUUGGCAUGCUGGAUGUACACCUUCCGAUGCACUGA